AUGCAUCCCAAAUCUGCCCUCCUGGCUGCGGCCCUAGGCUUUGCCUCAACCGCUUGCGCCGACCAAGAAAGGCCGAAGAUUUACUUUCCCCGUCACGUCAAGCGUCAGUUUACGAAUUCGACGAUAACGAGGCAGGAGACGUUCCCAGCGCCCGAGAGCACCCCGUUCGAGUCUACGUCAGAUUCCUUCGGUUCAUCUUUCGGCGACAUACUGACGAGCCUUUCCGAUUCCCUCUUCGGCCCAUCAUCGACCAUCGCGUCCACGACCCCGUUGCCUACUUCCACUGUUUCCGCCCCCGCACUUGACUCGGCCGCACCCCUCUCGACCCUGUCCACGACUGUUCAAACCCUUCCCGAUGGCAGGGUGACGACCGUCAUUAUCUCGAGCACCGUAGUCUUUGACCCGACAGAGACGACGGACACGACCACACCUGUUGGAUCCACGAGCGCUUUGCCCCCGGUUAUCGUGCUGCCGACGAGUAGCGAAGCCUCCACCGUCACGAUUAGUGAGCCGCUCGCGAGUUCUCAGGUUCCCACUACUUCGCAGGCCACGCCGACGCCAUCCGAGACCAGUGCCAUUGUUCAAUCCAGUGGCCCUGAGUCCAGCUCUGUGGAGCCCCUGCUGUCCGCGUCUGCGCCGGUUUCUACCAAGUCUUCGACACCUGUUUCGGUCUCCGAGUCUAUCGCUAGCUCCACUACGCAGGUCACCUCGGAAGUCGCCAACACGAGCAUAGAGGCCGUCUCGAGCACCCAGCCUGCACCCACCUCGGAGUCCGAGCCGACCACGUCCGUGUCCUCGUCCGGUAUCCUCUUGGCACCCACGGGUGUUGUGACCCCGACGUCCAACGUCGAGCCUACCACGUCGACUAGCGAGCCUGAACGCACUUCGGUCUCUGACCAGGAAACCUCGUCUAGUGCUGUCGCCCCUAGCGCAAUUCCCAACGUCAACACCACAGAGCCUGGAGUGUCGUCCUUGGCGAGCUCCGUUGUCCUUCCUGUAGAGACGUCUUCCACUGCCCUCCAAUCGACUGCGGCCGCCAACAGGGCCUCUGCCGAGACUACUUCCGCUUCCGUCUCGGAGACUAGCAGGCUCACCAACCCUUUGGACCCCAUCGUUUCCUUCAUUUCCAGCGAAGUGGCUAUUCCCACGAACAUCACUGGGCCCAUCGCCAACGCCACCUCCGCCGAGGUUCCUGUCUUCUCUACAUCCGACAUCGUAAUCCCGACGCCCACUGCUCUCCCAGCUCCUACCGACCCUACGGCUACGACACUUCCUGUCCCGACAGAGCCCGUUGCGAACGUCACAUCAUCUGCCGAGGCCCCCGCCGACACAACCACGUCACUGCCUGUUCCGACCGAACCUGUUUUGAACAUCACAUCGUCCACUGAUCCCCUGGCUGAGCCCACGACCAUUCUCCCUACCACUGACAUUGCCAAUGCCACCUCAACCGAGGUGCCUGUAGGACAGACAACUUCAACCCCCGUGUCGCUUUCGGAUGGCAUGACAUCCGUGCUCACAGCUUCGGCCACGGCCACUGUUGAGAUACCUGCCAACAACACCUCGACUGAGGUGCCCCUGACGACCUCUCAACUCCCGACCUUGACCGAACUUCCCACGUCUGUUACUUCCAUCAUUAAUGCCACCGAGACUGACAGCGCAACUGUACCGCCGACUGCUACUGCCUCCUUGUCGUCCACCACUGUCUCCAAUGAAACGGCCACCGCUACAGAGCCCCUGCUUACCACCAGCGAGACCCUCACCUCGGCAACUGAGAUCCCUGUCUCAACCACCGUCCCUGUAAACACGACGGAGGUUCCUUCGGAGACGCCCGUGGAGACUACGCCCACAGCUACACUGCUGCCGCCGACCACCACGUCCUUGGUCAUUACUACUCCCGUGAUCACCAGCAUUCCAGCCACGGCCACCAUCACCGACUCGGAGUCAUGGCUUCCUAGCACCAUCAUCGUGGAACUGUCCACCUCACUCAGCACUCCCACGGAAGCUCUCGCACCCACGUCGACAGCCCCGCUGCCUUCCGAUUUACCCAAAGUCAUUAGUGGCCCCGAACCCAAUGUUGAACAACCCAAGGACUCCAUGCUUCUCCAGAUUGGUUUCCUGCACGGUGAGAACUAUCAACACGUGAGCAAGAACCCCAACGCUGCCGCCCAAAUUUUCACUUGCCUGCCCAAGGCUCUGGCGGAUGCGGCUGGUCUCGAUAUCAACCAGAUCCGGAUGACGAAGCUCGUUCCUUUCGACACAUCGCAGACUCUCGGUUACAUCACCACGCUUGCCAAGUUCUACUACCCCCGCAGUAUGGUGGACACCCUUCGCAUGGACAUCAAGAUCCCCAACUCGGCCAUUUACAACAACCCGGACCAACUCGUCUUCAACCUCACGCAGAACAUCAACCCCGCCAUCGAGAUUAUUCCGGGCAUGGAGGACGAUGGCAGCUCCACUGGCAAUGACGGGUCGUCGUCGACCUCAACUCCCAACAACCCCAACGAUCCCUUUGGCGGUAGCGACGACAGCUCCAAGCAAUCUCCUAUCCAGAAGGGCACAGCUGCUGCCAUCGGCAUUGGUGCUGUUGGCGUUGCUGCUGCGUACGGUGCUGCUAUGUUCAUCAUUGCCCGUCGCUAUAAGCAGAAGAAGCAGGCACACCGCCGCGCGAGCUCUGUCACCUCGUCCGAGAUGCGUUACACCGGUGCCGGUAGCCCGCCCAUGAUGGGUGGUGCCUUGAUGAGCCGCGAUUUCUCCAACUACGGCGGAGUCGCUGGCGGAGUGCCUGGCGGCCGCGAGAGUCAUGGCAGUGGUCAGACCGGCCGAAGCGGCAUGGGCAACUCGGCGAGAACAGCCUAUAUCUCGGCGCCUGUCGCUGCUGAGAACUCUCUCGGUUGGAACUGA